AUGGCUGCCAUCUUCAACCAGAACCCCGUCCACGAUGGGCCGAGCUACUCCUUUGCCAACGCACCCAAGACGCAAGCUCCUGAGGGCGCACGGCAACACCGAUUUGACCCGUACACGGACAACGGCGGCACGACUCUAGCCAUUGCAGGCGACAACUUCACCAUUAUUGCGGGUGACACGCGCCACACGGCCGGCUACGCCAUCAACAGCCGAUUCUCGCCCAAGGUCUUUAAGAUUGGGGGAACGACAGCUGACCAGAAGGAUGCCACGAUUGUCCUUUCUGUAGUUGGUUUCGCUGCCGAUGGCGCCGCUCUGAAGGAGCGUCUCGACACCGUUUGCAAGAUGUACCGUUACCGCCAUGGCAAGCCGAUCAGUGUGCACGCCUGUGCGAAGCGGCUAUCGACUAUCCUGUAUCAAAAGCGCUUCUUCCCAUACUACACACACGCCAUCCUGGGUGGCCUUGACGAGGAGGGCAAGGGUGCCGUUUACAGCUACGACCCCGUCGGCAGCUACGAGCGUGAACAGUGCCGUGCCGGUGGUGCUGCGGCAAGCCUGAUCAUGCCGUUCCUGGACAACCAGGUCAACUUCAAGAACCAGUACGUGCCCGGCAGCGGCGUGGGCCAUGAUCUACAGGAGCGGCCACGUGUAGCCCUGGCACGGCCGGAUGUGGAGAUGCUGGUGAAGGAUGCGUUCGACGGUGCUGUGGAGCGGCACAUCGAGGUCGGUGACUUCCUUCAGAUGAUGGUGGUGACGAGCCAGGGAAUCGAGGAAAUCAUUCAGCCGCUGAAGAAGGACUAA